UCCCGUUAACGGUCGAUUCCGGUCCGCGUAUUUUUACGUGGACUUCACGGCAUUGCGUCACGUUGAUGAAUUUGUAGAGAUGCUACCGAGAGGCGCAUCUGUCCGCUUAUGAUAAACAAAUCUGCGCCAGUCACUCAAAUAUGCGCAAGAAUGACCGGUAACGGUUGGUUUAAAGACGCGGUAUAUUAAAGAAAACACCGAAGUGGAUCACGUCAGGGUGUGUGUGUGUGUGUCGCUGGGCCCGCUGAGCCCAUGGCGGGUCCCGCAUUCACGGGAGCGCACGGGACCUGGAUCACAUCCCGGUUACGGGAGGACGCGUCAUCUUCUUCAUCGUUAUCAUCGUCAUCGUCCGCAGAGAAACCGCGCAAACGGAGAGCCUUUAACCUGGUCAGACUGCGGCAGCCCACCGCCUCCGGUAACAACAACACGCCGUUUGUGAUCUCCGGUCAUAUCAAGCACAUCUGCAGUAACUGCAGCCGCGGGAAUGACAUCCGGGACGCAGAGGGUGCCGAGCGUCUGGCGGCGAUGCGCUCCGAUUCGCUGGUUCCCGGGACGCACACGCCACCGAUCCGCAGACGCAGCAAACUGGCCAGUCUGGGACGACUCUUCAAACCGUGGAAAUGGAGAAAGAAAAAGAGCGACAAGUUCAAGCAGACGUCUGCAGUGCUGGAGAGGAAGAUGUCGACGCGUCAGAGCAGAGAAGAGCUCAUCAAGAGAGGCGUGCUGAAGGAAGUGUGCGAGAAAGAGGAGGUCAGCGUUGACGUGUGUGUGAGUGACCUGGACAGACAGACGAGAAUCAGUCCAGUAUCAGAGUCUGCAGACGCCAAUGUCACAGUGACAGUGUCUGGUGAAACUGUGGCGUGUCUCUCGGAUCUCGUCCCAAAGCCAUCUCAAGCCCCGCCCUCUGUGAAGCCCAUGCUGUUGCCUAGCGACAGCGCUGACAUCACUCACGUGAGGCCGUCGUCGCUGAAACAGCCUCCUGCCUUACCGCCGAAGCCAUACAGCAGGAUACCCAACCAUCUCACAGAGACGCUGGCUCGACUGUCGCCGCCCCUUCCUCCAAAGAAAGUGAUAAUAUGUGAGCCGGGGCCCUCAUUUCCCCUCAAAUGCCUACCGUCCCAGGGCUCGCACGCACACACACACACACUCACACACAUGCACCCGCAUUCUGUACUGCAGGCGGUGCCAUCUGUCCUGAUGGAGAUGGAAGAGGAGAAGGAGAACAGAGAUUCAAUGCACCAAACUCCUGCCAACACACACACACUCAUCACACACACCUUCAGCAUGCACGAGGAAGAGGAUGAGGAAGAGGAGGAUGAUGAUGACUCGCUGUUUACAAGUAAGAUAUCUGGCGGGAAAUACAGCAUUCGUCUGAGCCAGAGGCCGUCAGCAGAAGAGCUGGAGCAGAGGAACAUCCUCAAACCACGGAACGAGCAGGAGGAGCUGGAGGAGAAGCGCGAGCUGAAGAAACGGCUCUCCAGGAAGUUGAGUCAGAGGCCCACCGUGGAGGAGCUCAGAGAGGCCAAGAUUCUCAUCCGCUUCAGCGAUUACGUGGAGGUGGCAGAAGCUCAGGACUACGACCGGCGUGCAGACAAACCCUGGACCAGACUCACUGCUGCUGAUAAGGCUGCCAUACGCAAAGAACUCAACGAGUUCAAAAGCACGGAGAUGGAGGUGCACGAGUCCAGUCGACAUCUAACCAGGUGAGCAAACACACAAACACAUCAGUGUCUGACACGAGUCUGCCGUUAGAACAAGGCUUUUGUCCCCCAAAUAAUGAAGGCAAUAUUAUUAGCCAAUUCCUAAUACUGAUAAUACAGGCAUUAUUCACUUCAGAAGAAAUUGAGUAACUUUUGUUUUUAUGCUUUUUUUUUUUUACACCCUUUUUG